GGUUGCUGCUCCUUAUGUCCGGAGGAGGGACAGGAAAGCGUGACCGGCAGCGUGCGGGGAGGGAAGCGCAGGAUCCGGCUGGGUGGCUCUCCCGGCCCCAUAAAACCUCUUGCAUCCGGGCUCGGGGGCCACAACGGGACCUGAGGGGCUGGGGACAGGCUGGUGGCCCCAGUCGGGGCUGGGUGGCUUUGGCAGGUGGCUCUGCCCCGGGAAGGGGAGGAGGCUGCGGCACUCCCAGCCCGGCUGGCGGCCGCGAUGCUCCAGUCCCGGCUCAGCCUGGCGGCCGUGCAGGCACCCAGAGCACCCGGGACCAUUUUGGGGCUCUCCCCUGGGUCCAUCCCCGGCACCAUCCCAGGGCAUCCCCACCGCGGGGGCUGACGCUGCCCCCCUCGCGCAGGCUCGGCGAGGAGAUGGAGGAUGACAACCGGACGGAGCCGUGGCACCGGAGCCUCCAAGCGAUGCUGGAUGCCUUGAACCAGACGCUGCACGGGGCCAUCCUGCGCCCCGCCGCCCCGCACAACGCCAGCGCCCGCGCCGGCCGGGACGACAACGCCUACAUGUACAUCCUCUUCGUCAUGACGCUCUUCGCCGCCACCGUGGGCAGCCUGAUCCUGGGCUACACCCGCUCCCGCAAGGUGGACAAGCGCAGCGACCCGUACCACGUCUACAUCAAGAACAGGGUCUCCAUGAUCUGAGCCUG